AUGGCACCAGCAUUGACUGAAUCUGCUCCAGUAGCACCCCAUGUACUGGCAAGCAAGCCAGUCAGCAAAGCUAUAUUCCCGGACGGCUUCAAAACCUCGGGCCAACAUGCUCCCAUAUACGAUUUGAUUCGACCAUACGAAGAGUUUCCGAAGGAGAUAUCAGGUCCAACUGUGUGGAAGGCCGAAGACUAUCGCGACAACCCUGAAAGAUGGACUCAUGUUUUCAGUGAGGAGGAGAUUGCCGAACUCGGCGCGGCGGCAGACGCGUACAUUGCUUCGGGCAAGCCGUUGACUGGCAUCUCGAAGGAUUUGUUUCCGUUGCCGAAGCUCGCUUCAUUCUUCGGUGCUGUGCGGAACGAGAUCGUGAAUGGAAAGGGGUUCAUACUGUUCAAGGGAAUUCCAGUGCAGGAAUGGGGUCUGCAGAAGUCAGCUACUGCAUAUAUGGGACUGGGUGCAUAUUUUGGCUAUUUCGUAAGUCAGAAUGGCAGAGGGCAUGUUCUCGGUCACGUCAAGGAUCUCGGUGAGGACCCAACCCAGAAGGAUCGCGUUCGAAUUUACAGAACCAAUGCCAAGCAGUAUUUCCAUACAGAUGGAGCCGAUCUGGUUGGUCUGCUGUGCAUGGCCAAAGCCUUGGAAGGCGGCGAAUCUGACAUCGUGUCCACGCACCAUGUUUUCAACACGUUGCAGGCAGAACGGCGUGAUGUUGUCAAGACUCUCGUGACUCCGAAUUGGUAUUUCGAUCGCAAAGGCGAGGUCAGUGAGGGCCAGGAGCAGUGGUUUCGGUCGGCCAUCAUGUUCAUGGAAAACGAUGGCAAUGGCCGAGUAUGGGCUCGAUUCGACCCGAACAAUGUCACAUCUCUCGCUCGGUUCAAUUCUGGACCAGACGCCAAGAUUCCACCGCUCUCGGAGGAGCAGAAAGAGGCAUUGAAGGUGUUGGAAGAGACGUGCACACGACUUGCGCUGCACAUGAUCUUGGAGCCCGGCGAUAUCCAGCUCAUCACCAAUACUCACGUGUUCCAUGCUCGCACUGCGUACAAGGACUAUCCUCCGGGCUCCGUCGACGAACAGGGUCGGCCGAGAGUGCGGCGCCAUUUGAUGCGGCUCUGGCUUGCUGUUCCUGAGGACGAGGGAGGCUUCAAGUUGCCGUUCCAUGACAGCAACGAGAAGAAGAGAGGAGGCAUACAGGUGAAUGAGCAUGCACCUCACUGUCCACUCGACGCCGAAUGA